AUGGAUGUCAAAAAUGAGCCCAGAUCCUCCUCACCAACCCCUCAAUCGCAAAUCUCGAAACUUAACUUUCUCAACCUUACUAUCGAGAUUCGACUCAAAAUAUACGAGGAACUUCUCGUCGCUCCAGAACCAUUAUCACUUAUCUUCGAUUCCAGCCCAGGAGAUGCAGCAAGAUUAAUAGCCGUUAGAGAAGAUGGCGAUGGGUUUUCUCCCCAACUAUUGCGAGUCAGCAAACAAAUCCAUCACGAAGCGACUCCUCUUUUGUAUCGCAACAAUCAAUUUCACCUCUCACGAUUACAUGAACAAUUCGAAAAUCGUCUGAUGCCGUCUAAUGAAGGCGUCGUUAAAUUUCUCACCCAGAUGGGAAAUCACAACGCAAGCUUGAUUCGGCAUCUGGGAAUCUAUUUCCCCUUGACGAGGGACGGUCUCGACCCGGAUCCGCUUCAGAAUCAAGCUCUGGACUUCAUUUACGACAAAUGUACUAGUCUUACGACGGUGCGAAUCUUGCUGUGGAAUAAUCGUAAUCUGAAUCGAAGUUAUAAGGGGGUAAAAUCGGAUGAGAUGGGUAGUAUCAUUCCCUUUGCAGAAGAUCUGAAGAGAAUCGAUGCGCAAUUGAAGAGGACUUCUUCGCUGCAAGAAAUCAGCCUCGAUUUUUGUAUUUGGGAACCUUGGGAACUUUCGGAGGUUGAUGAUAAGAUCAGACAAUUGAUAUGUGAUUGCGGUUGGAAGGUUCAGGUUACGAGAGAGUUGGAGGAAAUUGGCUGUUACUUCGGUCUAUUUGACUAG